UCUGGCUGCGAAAGCGGCCCAAUUUCCACCACUUUCGCCGCAAAACCCAAUUCGAUGGGAGGGAGGUGGUUAAUUCAAUUUGUUUUCCACUCGAUUACUCGCCCUUCACCCAUGCCAGUGCCCAUUUUGGCGAGCGACGACUGUUUUGCGGUCGCCUCGCACAUUCCAGCCGCGUGCCGUCUCGGCGGGUGCCGCACUCUUGGCUCACCCUCGGUGUCAAGGUGUACCGUUAAUUGCUCACCAUGCGUUUGCCGAGAGGCCCUCAAUUUUGAAGCCCAGUUUUUUCCUCUCUGUGAAUUUUAAACGGCGUUUGGGGGUCCUCUAAAAAUGUCUUUCUUCAACAACCUUAAGAAGGUGCUCCACCUCGGUGGUGGGGGCGACGCGAAGAAGAAAAAGGUCUUCAACAAUAUUAAAAUGGACAUCGACCCAGAGGAGACAUGGGAAAUGGUCGGUGAACUCGGAGACGGAGCCUUUGGCAAAGUUUACAAGGCUCGAAGAAGAGGCACAGACAUUUACGCAGCAGCGAAACGGUGCGCCCUUGAGGGCGAGGAUGAACUGUCUGACUUUAUGAUUGAGAUUGACAUCCUCUCUGAUUGCAAGCAUCAAAAUGUGGUGGACCUCCAUGAAUCGUACUUCUUUGAUGGCAAACUCUGGAUGUUGAUCGAAUACUGUGAUGGUGGUGCUUUGGACUCAAUUAUGAUAGAAUUGGAAAAGCCUCUGACUGAACAGCAGAUUGCGUACGUGUGUCAAAUGAUGGUCAGGGGACUGGACUUUCUUCACAAAGCCAAAGUAAUUCACCGUGACCUGAAGGCUGGAAACGUUUUGUUGACCAUGGCUGGCGGCGUCAAAUUAGCCGACUUCGGGGUGUCUGCCAAAAACAAGUUUACCCUGCAGAAGCACGACACUUUCAUUGGAACUCCUUACUGGAUGGCGCCUGAAGUCGUUCUCUGUGAAACGUUUAGGGAUAAUCCUUAUGACUUUAAGGUCGACAUUUGGUCACUAGGCAUCACCUUGAUAGAGUUUGCUCAGAUGGAACCGCCAAAUCACGAAAUGUCUCCCAUGCGAGUCUUGCUGAAAAUCCAGAAGUCGGAGCCCCCAAAACUGGAUCAGCCGUCCAAGUGGUCAAAAGACUUUAAUGAUUUUAUUGCUGCGUGUCUUAUCAAAGACCCGGUCCAACGGCCUCUUGCAGAAACUUUGCUCAAGCUUCCGUUCAUAGACUGCAAAUUGGACUCUAAGCCCAUUCGUGAUUUAUUGCUCGAGUAUAAGGCUGAGGUAGUUGAAGAGGAGUUGGAAGACGACGAAGAGGAGCCGCGCAGGCCCAAUCUCCCUCUGGAGCUGGAGGCUGGCGAAGAUGACUCUUCUGCGGCAAAGAGGGAGGCAGAGAAGAAGCGGCCAGCUAAGGAGAGGGAAGAGGCACCCAAGAGAGAAUCAAUGGACGAAGAGCAGAUUCAGUCAAAGAAACCUAAGAUUAGCUCUUCCCCCACUGCUUCUCAGGAAGAAAACAUUCUCCCAAAUUCAUUAACUCCUCCACCAUCACCACCCGAAAAAGAAGCUAUCCCCGAGCCACCAGUGCCUCCACCAAUGCCUGCCCAGUCAGAGCCAGCCAAAGACUCGCGGAAGUUAUCGCGCGACAAAGGCCGAGCCCCUCCCCCGCCAGUCGUAGUUACGCCUCCAAUCCACCCCUCAGAUGUGGACGCUGAAUUCAUAGAACUUAAGGAGCCAACUGUCGAUGAAGCCGAACCAAACGAGCCUCAAGAAGAAGUCGUCGAGAGUCCAGCUGCCGAGUCAGUCAGAGAGGAGAAUUCCCCGGAUAUUGUGCCAGCGCGAUCGUUGGCAAACAAUUCAACAAGUGAAGUUGUGAUUAUCUCCGCUCCUGUUGUCGUCGAGCCUCCUUUGGUGCUGAACGAAAGUACAUCCACUGUGACAGUCAUGACGAAUUCUGUGGAUGAGCCGUUGACCGUAGUCGUGUCCACGCCUGCAACUCCUGUGCCAUCAGCUUUGCCUCAAGUUGGAACCGAAGAGGUUGUGAUAGUUGCAAAUGAAAACAAUAAGACUCUUCUGAACGAAUCGUCAACUGACGAGGAAUUGUCCAUUUUGCCAUCGAUGGAGAAUCCAGACACGUCCAUCAGUUUUGUCCAGUCAAAUGGUCAUGGGUUGAAACUGGACGAAAGCGAGGUGCUAAUAAUCAAUCCGAGUCUGGCCGGCGAACCAGAAGAGUCAAGUGACUUCAGCGCGCUCCAAAAGACAGGACAUGAUUAUUUGGACACAAGUCACGUUUCUGUUGUGACCGUGGGCGAGGGGGGUGACGAGUUUGUCAAAGACUCAAGCUCGUGCUCCUCUUCCCUCACCCAUCAUGGUGACGCUGCCUCUGAUAUCUCUUCAGUGGCACAGAGCAGCAGUGGUAAAAGUGAAGCUGGUACAGACGAUGAUCAUCACGCCGUAAGACCAACAUCCGUGGUAGUGGAAGGAACUACUCAGGAGAGCACGGACGUUGAUAAUGUGGUGGUUGUGAAGGAUAAUCAAAGCGAAGCCAAAGAGUCAGUCAAAUCAAGGCAGAGGGAGCCGAAUGGCCUGGAUAGCACGCCACUUUCCACGCCCCAGAACUUUGACAGGUCUGAUGAGGAAAGUAUUGCUACUACCGAGAGUGUCGACAGUGGGAAGGACUCUACACUUCCUGUGCCAUCAAUCAAAGUGUCGAGCCCCCAGCCUUCAAAAUACGAAGGAGGAGAUGCAGUCGAUAAUGCUGAUAGUGAAGAUGUAGUCUUGCGUCCCAAAAAGACUGACUAUCCUAAAGAACGAGACCGACGAACGAAAGAAGACAUACAACUGCUUAACCUGAAGAAAAAGACCAGGAAGCGAACUCGAAGAUUCGAAAUUGACGGAACCGUGGUCACAACAACCACAAGCAAAGUCAUUUACGGUGAUGACGAAAAUGGCCUGGUCUACGACGACCACGUUUUCAGGAAGCAAGAGCUCAGGGAACUCAAGAUGCUACAAAAGUACGAGCAGAAGCAAUUCCAGGAUCUCACAUUCAAGGCCCAGCUGUCGCGGGAGCAGCAGGAGAAGCACUUUGAGCAGGAGAAGGCGACCCUGCUGAGGACCUAUGAUACAGACCUUGAUGCAUUGAGCAGAGGUCAGCGACAGUCAAUCGAGCGCACUGAGCAGCAGCAGGAAGCCGAUUUACGGCUCCAGUCGAAGAGGAUACGGGCUGACCAGGAGCGCGAUUUAAAGCAGUUCAGGGAGGGCCUGAAGACCGAGAUGAGACUGCUCAAGCAAGAAGUGGACCUCAUGCCGAAAGAGUCAAGAAAGCAAGCAUUCCGAGUCAGAAAAGACAGGCUUGAAACUGAGCAAGCUGAAAGGGAAAAGCAAUUCCUUGAAAGAUUGAACGAAAAUCAUGAUACAUCCUUGAGAAGAUUGAGUGAUUCUCACAGAGAGAAAAUAGCACUCAUGGAAAGGCAAUACCUGCAGCAGAAACAACAGCUCCUGCGGUCCAGGGAGUCUGCGCUGUGGGAGCUGGAAGAAAGACACAUACAUGAAAAGCAGCAACUCGCUAAAAGGCAAUUGAAAGAUAUUUUCUUCCUUCAGAGACACCAAAUGUUGAACCGGCACGAGAAAGAGUUGGAGCAAGUAAAGAGAAUGAACCAACGCAAGGAAGAAGAGUUGGCUAAGAGGCCGACCAUGGAAAAAAGAGCAUUGUUAAAACGCAUCAGGGCCGAAAUGAAGGCCCGUGAAAUGAUGUUCAGGGAGUCCAUUCGCAUCAGCAUCAGUACACACUCGAUCGAUCCUGACCAAGAGAGAGAUCAGCUGAAAAAGUUCCAAGAAAAUGAAAAGAAACGAUACAGAGCUGAGCAGCAGAGGUUUGAGUUGAAACACCAGAGGAUGGUGGAAGAGUUGAAAGCGUCAUGUGAGGCAACCAUCAAGGAGCUGGAGGGUUUGCAAAAUGAGAAAAGAAAAAUGCUUAUGGAGCAUGAGACCGUCAAGCUCAAGGAACAAGAAGAGUGCUAUAACAGAGAGCUCAGGGAGUGGAAGUCGCAAUUGAAGCCCAGAAAACAGAAACUCGAAGAGCAAUUUUGUAAGGAAAUCGACGAGCAGGAGCGGCAAUUUGGCCACAUGAUCAACGAUGACAUUGAUAACAUUCCUCGGGCAGAAAGCUUCUCCAAGAAUUCAGUUCGGAGCAGCAUUUCGUCAACGUUCACCGACAGUUGAGCUCCCUGAGGGUGAAGUACCAACAUGUUAUUUUUAUACAUUUCCUUUAACAAUAAUCAAGCUGAAAAGGAGAUGUCGGUCACGCAUUAUACAUUGUAAUAUUUUUUAUUGCGAGAAACAAACUGCAAAUAAAAUGAUGAUAUGGGUCGCCAAAAGAUUUAUUUAGUUUUCGGAUUGGAAAUUCUUUUUUAUCGGGACUGUUGUGAAAUUCCCAUGUUGUUGUUAUUUGUAUUGUAUUUUAAAAGGAUAAUUAUGGUGCCUGACAUUAUACGUUCUCAGGUCAGUACGAUCAGAGCCGAUUAUAAUUUAUUAUUUGAUCACAACGAUUAUCAUUGUUAAAAUUUGUAAAAAGAGAACUUGCAAUAGCUUAUAAUCAGCAUUAAAUAGUUUAUCAAACAA